GUUUCGACCGAACGAUUUUGGAGAAAUGGAAGAAAUCACUCCUUGAAGUCGGCACCUUGAAAGGAUACGAAGCCAAAGGGUAUGAAGCCAAGUUGGUGAAUUCGAUUGUCCAAAAGUGUUGAGUGAACUGAAGAAAGAGUUUAAAUUGGUUAUUUCCGAGAAUUUGGUUGGAAUUGAUAGUCAUGUGAAGACGGUUAUGGAAUUUGUGGAUAAUAAAUCUCAUGCCACCCUAUUUGUUGGUAUCUAUGGAAUGGGAGGCAUUGGUAAGACUACUCUUGCCAAAACCAUCUACAACAAGCUCUCCAAUCGAUUUGAGCAUCGUAGCUUCAUUGUUGAUAUAAGGGAAUCAUGGAAGCGUAAUGGCAUACAUUAUUUACAGAAUCGGUUAAUCUAUGAUAUAUUGAAGCGAGAAAAUGAAGUUCAUAAUGAGGAUGAAGGGACUAAGUUCAUGGCCUCCAAGUUUAAAGGUAAAAAGGUCCUCAUUCUACUUGAUGAUGUGGAUAAUGUCAUUCAGUUGAGGCAUUUGAUUGGUAAUCGUGAUUUGUUUUCUUUGGGAAGUAGAAUCAUUAUUACCACUAGAAACAAGAGGAUUCUUGAAGAAGUUGGGGUGGACUAUGACUAUGAACACAAGGAAAUGGAUAAUAAUCAAUCAUUAGUUCUGUUCAGCAAACAUGCGUUUCGAAUGGAAUCUCCUCCAAAGGAAUAUGAGGAUCUAACUCAAGAAGUUGUCUCCAUCGCUGGAGGGCUUCCCUUGUCCCUUGAGGUUUUUGGUUCAUUAUUGUGUGGAAAAGGGUUAAUACAAUGGAGAGAUACAAUAAAGAAGUUAAAAAAAGUCCCUCGUAUGGAUGUCCAAGAAAAGUUAAAAAUAAGUUAUGAAGUAUUAGAUAAUGAGCAAAAACAAAUAUUUUUGGAUAUCGCUUGCUUUUUCAUUGGUAUUGACAAGAGAAUCGCAUCUUAUAUGUGGGAUGCCUGUGGCUUUUUCCCUGAGGAGGGAAUUGAAGCAUUGAAACUCAUGUCAUUAAUACAAAUUGGAGAUGAUCAUGAGCUCCUAAUGCAUAACCAACUAAGAGAUCUUGGUAGAGAAAUAGUUCGAGAGGAAAACCAACGGGAGCCUCAAAACCGUAGUAGGUUAUGGGACUCCGAGGAAGUCCAGAAAGUGCUAAAGGAAAAUAAGGGAACAGAAAAGAUUGAGGCGGUCAUCCUAAGUGAAAGCAACGUAGAAGGCUCUGGCAAAACACCUGAGCAAGAUGGCAACAUUUACGUAGAAAAACAAUUCAAGAAUUUGAAGAGUCUAAGAUUCCUUCAAGUGGAGGGGGCACGUCUCAGUGGAGAUUUUAAGGACUCAAUUGAGGGGUUAAUAUGGCUUAGAUGGCAAAAAUGUCCCAUGAAUUUUGAAGUAAACAAUUUUCAUGCAAAGGAAUUACGUGUACUCGAAUUGUCACAGAGCAUGAUAAAUGAGAAAUGGAAAGGAUGGAGUUCCUUCAUGAUGGCAAGAAGCUCAAAUUUCUCGACCUUACGCAUUGUCAUUCCUUGGAAAAUACGCAUUUCCUCUCAGCUUUCAAAAAUUUAGAGGUUCUGAUCCUCAAUCAUUGUUAUAGCCUGCAACAAAUUGACUCUUCAAUUGGAGACAUGGAGGCCCUCCUUCGCUUAAAUUUGUGUUGGUGUAGGAGUCUUAUGGAGCUUCCAGCAGAAAUAGGUAAAUUAACAAAGCACUGGAGCAACUCCUUCUACGAGAUACUCAAAACCUUCAUGCAUUACCAGAUAGCAUAGGAUCAUUGCAGAAUCUAGAAAUUCUAAAUAUUUCUUUCAGUGGUAUAAAAGAAUUACCCAAUGGUAUUGGGAGUUUGAGAAAUCUCCGAAAUUUAGAAGCUAUAGAUUGUACAAAUCUGAAAGGUGAAAUGCCCGAAAGCAUGUGUGAUCUUUCUUACUUGCAAUGCCUCGAUUUUCUUGGCUGCGAGGAGCUCCAAUCGCUGCCAGACCUUCCUUCUAGCUUAACAUAUUUGGGCUUCACUUGUCAAAGUUGCAAAUUGCCUUCACUUUCCCACCUAACCCAACUCAAGGAACUACAAGUUCAUGGAUGCACAUUUCUCGAAGUGCAUCCAAGAGCUUCCAUCAGCACCAACGGACAUUGAAGAAUCAAAAUUUCCACGAUCUCUAAAUAGUCCCUUCAAGUUGGAAAUCUUGGAAAUCCAUCGCUGUGAAUCUAUUGAAAUAUUGGAUGUUUCACAACCUAUCCAUCUAAGGACUUUAUCCAUUGACUAUUGCAAGAAUCUAUUUGAAGUUCGAGGUCUUGACAAAUUGAUAUAUUUGGAAAGCUUGACCAUUGCACACUAUGAUUCAAUUGUACGGUUGGUCCUUCCAAUGUCCAACCGUUUGAAGAUAUUGAAUGUUUGUGAUUGCAAUAACUUGGUUGAAAUUCAAGGUCUCAGUAGGUUGAAAUUCUUGGAAAGCUUGAAAAUCUCUCGGUGCACUUCAAUUGAAAGGCUACUCCUUCCAAAAUUUGGGAGUUUGAAGAUAUUAGAGGCUGAAUUGUGUAAGAAAUUAGCAAAAAUUCAAGACCUUGAUAAGUUGGAGUUUUUGGAAAUGAUAAAUAUCAAAGGGUGUGUUUUAAUUGAAAGGCUAGGCAUUCCAAAAUCCAGGAGGCUGAAGGAAUUAGAAGCUAGAGGUUGUGAAAACUUAGCCGAAGUUCAAGACCUUGAUGGGUUAGAGUUUUUAGAAAAGCUAUAUAUUAAAGGGUGCACUUCAAUUAAAAGGCUAUAUAUCGAGGAUGCACUUCAAUUAAAAGGUUAGACCUUCCAAAAUCUGAGAGAAUGAUCGAAUUAAAUGCUGGAGGUUGCGAAAACUUAGCCGAAAUUCAAGGCCUUGAUGGGUUAGAGUUUUUGGAAAAGCUAUAUAUCUCAGGGUGCAUUUCAAUUGAAAGUCUAGAUCUUCCAAAAUCCGAGAGGC